AUGAGUAACAACGGUGGAGAAGACGAAUGCUACAGAUGCCAUGAGAGAGGCCAUUUUGCUCGUAAUUGCCCAAAUCAAGAGUCUGGCGGAGGUGGCGGCGGUGGUCGUCGCGGUGGCGGUAGUGGCGGUGGAAACGGUAGCGAUUGCUACAACUGUGGAAAACCUGGUCAUUUUGCUCGUGAGUGUCCAUCGAGUCGCGGAGGCGGUGGUAGAGGAGGCGGAGGAGGUCGUUAUGAAGGCGGCGGUCGUGGUGGUGGUCGUGGGGGUCAAAGUGAGUGCUAUCAGUGUGGAGGUUUUGGACAUUUUGCACGCGAAUGCCCAACGGAUCGCCGUGGCGGUGGACAAAAAUGUUACAACUGUGGCAAAUUUGGCCAUAUCUCACGUGAUUGCACCGAGUCGGGUGCAGAGCAAAAGCGUUGCUACAACUGUCACAAUCUUGGGCACAUUUCGCGUGAUUGCCCAGACGAGAGGGUAGGAGGUCGCAGUGAUUGA